AUGGAGGUGGUGGGGGACUUUGAGUACAGCAAGAAGGACCUGAUCGGGCACGGAGCCUUCGCCGUGGUCUUCAAAGGCCGCCACCGCAAGAAAACUGAUUGGGAAGUAGCCAUAAAAAGCAUUAACAAAAAGAAUUUGUCAAAGUCACAAAUCCUGCUUGGGAAAGAAAUAAAAAUCUUAAAGGAACUUCAGCAUGAGAAUAUUGUGGCACUCUAUGAUGUCCAGGAAAUGUCCAACUCUGUCUUCUUGGUAAUGGAGUAUUGCAAUGGUGGAGACUUGGCAGAUUACUUACAAGCUAAAGGAACACUUAGUGAAGACACCAUCCGAGUUUUCCUCCAGCAGAUUGCAGCUGCUAUGCGUAUCCUACAUAGUAAGGGAAUAAUUCAUAGGGAUCUUAAACCACAGAACAUCUUGUUGUCUUACGCAAGUCGUAGGAAGUCAAGCGUCAGUGGCAUACGAAUCAAAAUAGCUGAUUUUGGUUUUGCUCGUUACCUGCAUAGUAACAUGAUGGCUGCCACUUUGUGUGGGUCCCCUAUGUAUAUGGCUCCUGAGGUUAUUAUGUCGCAACACUACGAUGCCAAGGCAGACCUGUGGAGUAUAGGAACUGUGAUUUAUCAGUGUCUUGUUGGGAAGCCACCUUUUCAGGCCAAUAGUCCUCAAGACUUGAGAAUGUUUUAUGAAAAAAACAGGAAUCUGAUUCCUAGUAUUCCUAGGGAAACAUCAGCAUAUCUGGCUGACCUGCUGUUGGGUUUACUUCAGAGAAACCAAAAAGAUAGAAUGGACUUUGAAGCGUUCUUCAACCACCCUUUCCUUGAUCAGGUUUCAACAGUCAAAAAGUCUUGCCCUGUGCCAGUGCCCACAUAUGCAGGCUCAAUAUCUGGCAGCUCCUGUGGUAGUUCUCCUUGUCGUUUUGCUUCUCCUCCUUCCUUGCCAGACAUGCAGCAUAUUCAAGAAGACAACUUGUCUUCCCCACCAUUGGGUCCUCCUAACUAUCUUCAGGUAUCCAAAGAUUCUGCCAGCACCAGUAGCAAGAACUCUUCUUGUGACACAGAUGAUUUUGUUCUGGUUCCACACAACAUCUCUUCAGAUCACUCAUAUGAUAUGCCAUUGGGAGCAGCUGGCAGACGGGCUUCAAGCGACUUCAUGAUGUGUGGAGGGCAGUCACCAUUAACCAUUUCUGGAAGCUCAGGAACUUUACAGAAACCAUCCUCAAGCUCCACCCGAAGUAGUUCUUCUGGUUCAGCUAACAGACAAUGUCAGCCUUCAGUGUCCCCACGCAGCGAAACGGCACCUAUUCCGGUUCCCACUCAGUUGCGGAAUUAUCAGCGUAUAGAGCAGAAUCUCACAUCUACUGCCAGCCCUGUGUCAAACCCCCAUGGAUCACCGAGAUCUGCAGUGGUGAGGCGGUCUAAUACCAGCCCCAUGGGCUUUCUGAAGAUGGGCUCCUGUUCACCAGUACCAGCAGACACUGCGCAAGGUGUUGGACGCAGGCUGUCCACAGGGUCUUCGAGACCGUAUUCUCCUUCGCCCUUAGUUGGAACCAUACCUGAGCAGCUUGGGCACUGUUGCUGUGGUCAACCUCAAGGGCAUGAAUCAAGGAGUAGAAACGCCUCAGGUUCUCCAAUACCACAGUCUCAGUCACCACAGUCCCUCUUGAUGGGAGCCAGGCUGCAGAGUACCCCGACUCUAACAGAUAUCUACCAGAACAAACAGAAGCUUCGAAAGCAACAUUCAGACCCUGUAUGCCCAUCAUAUGCAGGGUAUGGGUAUAGCUACUCUCCACAGCCAAGUAGGCCAGUCAGCCUGGGAACAUCACCUACAAAACAUAUGGGAUCAUCACCUAGGAGCUCAGACUGGCUGUUUAAAACUCCAUUACCAACAAUUAUUGGCUCUCCCACUAAGGCAACUGCUCCUUUCAAGAUACCUAAGACUCAAGCAUCCUCAAACUUGCUGGCCUUGGUUAGUCGUCAGGGUUCGGCGGAUGUCCCAUUGCAGUCUAAAGACAUGACUGACCCAAGGGACUUCACGCACUUCCACUCGACACAAGGAAGUGAAAAACAGGCAGUAGAACAGCACAGCAAGGCUCCGUUUGGCAGAUCUGUCAGUACUGGGAAGUUGUCAGAUCAGCAAGCAAAGACUAUCCUUGGUGGCCAGUUAUAUCAGGGCAGCACAGACAGCCUCAAUGCUGAGCGACCAAUGGAUACAGCUCCAGCAGGGGCCUGUGGAAUUGCAAUGGCACCUCCUUCCAUGGGAACUGGAGCAAGUUCUAGGGCAGUAAUGUUUACUGUGGGUUCCCCUCCAAACAGUGCUACCCCUCCUACUUGCACCCACAUGGUCCUCAGAACUAGAACAACUUCAGUUGGAUCAAACAGUUCUGGAGGGUCUCUCUGCUCUACUAGUGGCCGUGUAUAUAUGGGCUCCCCUCCCGGUAUUUAUAUGGGUUCUUCUCCUCCUGGAGCAGAGGCAGCUCCAAGUCUGAAGUACAUGUCUUAUGGUACUUCACCUCCCAGCUUAGAGGGUUUUAUCACUUUUGAAGCUCCUGAACUGCCCGAGGAAACAUUAAUGGAGAGAGAACAUACAGAUACACUGCGUCAUCUGAACAUGAUGCUGAUAUUUAUAGAAUGUGUACUGGACCUGACAGCAGUACGGGGAGGAAACCCAGAACUGUGCACCUCUGCAGUGUCAUUGUAUCAGAUUCAGGAGAGUGUGGUUGUUGAUCAGAUAAGCCAGCUAAGCAAAGAAUGGGGACAAGUAGAGCAGCUGGUGUUGUAUAUGAAAGCAGCACAGCUACUAGCAUCUUCUCUGCAUCUGGCCAAAGCACAGAUCAAAUCGGGAAAACUGAACCCAUCCACUGCUGUUAAACAAGUUGUCAAAACUCUGAAUGAACGAUAUAAAUUCUGCAUCACCAUGUGUAAGAAGCUGACAGAAAAGCUGAAUCGUUUUUUCUCUGACAAGCAAAGAUUUGUAGAUGAAAUCAACAGUGUAACCGCAGAGAAACUCAUCUACAACUGUGCUGUGGAAAUGGUUCAGUCAGCAGCACUAGAUGAGAUGUUUCAGCAGACAGAAGACAUUACAUAUCGAUACCACAAAGCAGCCAUGCUGCUGGAAGGACUGACUAAGAUACUGCAGGACCCUGCAGAUAUAGAAAACGUUCACAAAUAUAAAUCUAGUAUUGAGCGACGGCUCUCUGCACUUUGCUAUAGCACAGUGGCUGUAUAUGAACAGUAGCAGUACCCCAAGGACCAGGCGGUGUGAACAGAAGGGACCACUCAGUGACGUACUUUUUUUUGCUACAGCUUAAUUGUUGUCAUUGUCCCACUGCCCUGUGGAAGACAGUUUUUAAAGUUCUGUGGUGACUACCAAAGAAACAGCAGUAAAUUCAAA